UUUAGUCGCAAGCAGAGACCCUAUAGGAUCUCUACUAGGUGGAUAUAUUGCGCGACGCGGAAACGUCACACAUGCUUGCCCGUAGCUGUCAAACACACAGGAAAACAGAGAGUCCGUUUGGGACCGCCUAUAUGUUGGGACGUGUUCGCCCGUUACUGUUAGUUUUUUAACUGUCGAUUGCAUCACAAUCGGCCUGCCGUGACAACGUUGUCCUUUGAGCUUUGAUUUGUAAUACUACUUUAGCAUCGUGGUCGUAUCGUCCCUAAUCCUAGGGGUGAGAACCAAUAACCAAGAAGAAGCAGGAAACCAGAAGAAUGGAGCUGUUUCGCACUGACACUCACUUUAUCUUCGUGAAAGAGAGGCACAGCCUUUGGUGCGACAAGUAUACCGGCGAGUUUGCCGCGAAAUCAGAUUGGGAAUGGGCUACUCCAAAAGAUUUGGAAUGUCUAGGAAUGUUCUAUGGAAUAGUAGGCAAAAUGGAACAAACUUCAGUACUGGAACCUCGUUUGAUGCUUAUAAAGGAUGUCACACCGGCGGGAGAAUUGCACGGCGGUCAUGUCGUCUACAAAAUCAAAUCCAUUGCGUUUCUACACAUUGGCACAGAGAACACAGAUAUUGGCUUACUACCCUGCAAGAAACAUCAGUAUGUAUUGAAUAAAAAAGGCAGCGGCGGACUAUUCGACGUGCCGCAGAAAGCGGCUCUGGCAAAAACUUGGGGUACCAUCAAGAAUGCUACGAAUACUAUAAAAAAUACCACGCAGCACGCCGCCGCAUUGGCUACGUCUCAAAUGAAGUCCACGGUGACAAAACGGAGUGUAGUAAAGGAUAAAGAAAGAUUCGAGAAGAGAAUAUUGGAAGAACUGAAUAAGAUAUUUACCGAGACUGAUUCGUUCUUCUUCUGUCAGACUGGUGAUAUUACUAACAGCUUACAACGUCAAUGUUUAAUGGAAUCUCAGCAGGGCAAUCAAGAUAAGCCAUUGUGGCAACGUGUGGACGACAGAUUUUUCUGGAAUAAACACAUGUUGUACGAUAUUAUUAAUCUAAAUACAGAUAAAGCCAAUUGUUGGAUAUUACCGAUUAUUCAAGGAUAUGUUCAGAUAGAAAAAUGUAUAGUCGAAGUGGGUUUUGAUGAGCAACCGCAACAAGAGAUAUUUAAUUUGGCGAUUAUAUCAAGGAGGAGUAGGUUCCGUGCUGGCACUAGGUAUAAGAGACGCGGAGUGGAUGACGAUGGCAAGUGCGCAAAUUAUGUUGAGACAGAACAAUUAGUUUGGUAUCAUGAUCAUCAAGUAUCCUUUGUACAAGUGCGAGGAAGCGUGCCAGUGUAUUGGUCUCAACCUGGAUACAAAUAUAAACCUCCACCACGAAUUGAUAAAGAUGAGGCUGAAACUCAAAUUGCGUUUGAAAAGCAUUUUGGUGAAGAACUCUCAUUGUAUGGGCCUAUUUGCAUUGUUAAUCUGGUUGAACAAACUGGCAAGGAAAGAAUUAUUUGGGAAGCUUAUAGCAAUCAUGUAUUUAAUUAUAAUCAUAUAGAUAUAACGUAUGCCACUUUCGAUUUCCACGAGUAUUGUCGAGGAAUGCAUUUUGAGAAUGUGUCAAUUCUGGUUAAUGCAUUAGCUACGAUGCUAACAGACAUGGGUUAUUGCUGGCGCGAUAAGCAAGGUACGAUUUGUACGCAAAAGGGUGUAUUCCGUGUAAAUUGCAUAGACUGCUUAGAUAGAACAAACGUGGUGCAAACCGCUUUGGCUAAAGCCGUUAUGGAAAUGCAAUUUUCAAAACUGGGACUAAUACCACCUGAUGGAAUCUUGCCUAUAAAUAUAAGACAGACCUUUCAAUCGCUUUGGGCUAAUAAUGGAGACAUUAUUAGCAAGCAAUACGCGGGAACAAACGCUUUAAAGGGAGAUUAUACGCGUACUGGAGAGAGAAAAUUUACCGGACUGAUGAAAGACGGCAUGAAUUCCGCAAACAGAUACUAUCAGCAACACUUUAUGGAUGACUUGCGUCAGGCGGCGAUAGAUACGUUGCUAGGGUAUUCGAUUGAUGUUCACCAACUGAACUACGAUUGGUCACAUUAUUUAGAUAUCCUUGAUAAUUGCUGUCUCGAACUUAUACCUAUGAAACCACCAAAUAUACAACUUCAACUUGCUACUCAUCCUGACUUCCUUUAUGCCACUGUUCUAUAUAAUUUAGCAAGAUAUUACUUGAAUCGUUUCAAGGAUGUGUAUAGACAAGCAACGAUUGAUAUGAUGUUGGGAAAUUCUGUAAGUGAAGAAGUAUUCUUAGAACGUACUGAUGAGGAAGAUAACGCAGCGACUGCGAUUCACGUAAAAUUGCUGAUUGAAGAUUGUAAAAAGUUAUUGAUACCUGAUCCGGAAAUUAUUCUAGGCAGUUGGGGAGUUAUUGAUGCCGAUCCUGUUACUGGUGAUCCAACGGAGACAGAAAUGGAUACUAUCUUGAUAUUAACUCGAGAUAGUUAUUAUAUUGCCGACUAUGACGAUCAGAUCGAUAAGGUCACAAACUAUCAGAGAGUCUUACUAGACGAUAUCGUCUUAAUUGAAUUUGGUCAGCCUGAAAAUACAGUCUCAUUUUUCAAGAAUAAACAUUAUCAUUGUAUUAGAAUCAAUUACAAAGUGAACGGCGAGUAUGGUUACUUUCACAUGUUUCGUAGUACGAAUUUAAGGUUUUUCAAUAACAUGGCGGUUGUGAUUAAAACUGAGGAGGAAAGCAUAGAAUCAUUAAAAGCAAUUUGCGAAGCUAUUUCAGUAGCUAUGGAGAUAGCAAAUUUGCCAAAGGUUCCUGUAGCCCUGAAUGUUACGUUAGAUAAAAGAAAGAGUAAAUUAGUGAAUGUUAAAGGCUCUACUGGAUUAUUAGAUAUUUCAUCAUUUCCAGAAUUAACAAGAAAUGUAUCUGAAACUCAAUUGCUUGCUUUAAAGACAGCAGGUACAAAAGCUUUAAGCAAUAUGUCGGAACAAUUUAGCAAAUUGAAUAAAUUGGGUCAGAGUUUCGGCGUAAAGAAGCCAAGUGAUUUAGCGCAGAAUAUAAAUAACAAAAAGAUGGAGAAAGUGUCAAAGCCAAUCUUUACAGUCGGCAACAGUGAUAUUUCGGGCAAUGUGAGAGAGAAGAGUAACAGUAGCAGCAGCGGCGAUAGUAGCGACGAUGAAAAUAUUGAAAUGACACACAUACCUGUCGAGAAGCCAGCGAACUUCAGUCACGACAAGCAUCUGAUGGAGGCUUAUACACCAUUGAUUGGUAUUAUUAUGGGUGUGAAGAAUACUAACGUUGUAGACGGUAGUGUUUGCGAGACUAGCGUGAACGAGGAAUUGCCAAAAAUGAGACCUAACAACAUGAAUUUAAGUUCGAAACCUGAUGUAGCCAUUGAUGCGUUGCAUCUGAUUCCGCAAACUGGAUCCGGCACUAGCACUCUCAGCGCUUCGCCACAGAAGGCGACCACGCCAGAGAUAACGAUAUACGAUGUAGGGGACAACUUGGGUGAGGAAAGAGAUCGGAUGAUUCCGCCGUCGACCUUAACGCUUUCCAAGAACAUCAGUCACUCAACAGGGAAUGUUGAUAAUAAAGUGUUAUCGGCCGGUGUUAAAAGCACUACUCUUCAAAUGGAUAAUAGAUUGGGUGAGAAGAAAAGAUCAGCCUCUGAACAGGAUCUGACAUUGAAUAUUACAUCGUCCCAGAGCGAAUCUGCCUUAAAAUCCAUAAAGGAAAAUAUUGCGAGCGUCACUAGUCCAGUAGCAUCAACAGCCAAAGAUAUUCUAUUGCCGUUCUCGAAACUUGCAAAAGGUGUUCAAACGUUAGGCGCUAAUUUAGAUCCCAGAAAGCUAAAACCGGGUCACAUAAUGCGAAAUUUAUCGGAGCACCAUAUGGAAGAGCGUCGUAAGCUUCAGGAAAAAUGGGCCUCUUGUCAAUCUAAACUUAUUGCUUUAUAAAACUUUUAUCCGAACGAUCAGCUUUCUGAACACGAUUUGUCAUUAAAUAUCAAUUUAGAGCUUAUUAAUGAUUAUUCGUAAGUAUCAAUAAUAUUUACGAAUAUAAUAUGAAGAAUUAUAUAUGUCGCAAAUGCUCUUACGCACUCGUAAAAGAAAGAGAAUAAAGUAUUAAAGCGUUGUAUUAUAGUUUUAUUAUAGAUCGAGUAAUUUAAUAUAAAAAAAUAUCACGUAGAAAGUAGUAAAUUUCGAUCACGUUUUGUAGAAAAUCUUAUAAAUCGAUCUCACUGCACCCCUAUUUUCACAUAUUUUCACACUUUGCAAAUAUUGAUGUGAAAUAUACGAAACAAUUCACCGUAAAGAAAACCGUUUCCAUGUCAUGGCAAACAAAACUACGUCUAACACAAAGUACAAUAUGGUCAAUAUUUAUUCGUACUUAAUUUAUUUGACGAGUUGAUACUGAGCACAACUGAACUGAAAAAUUUCUGUAUUGUUAUAAAGUCGAGAUGUUUUGUAGAAAUAUUUUCUUGACAAGCCAACAUCUACAUGUAUAAAAUAUACAUGUGCUAAAUUUUUGGGGCAUAUUUUUAUAUUUUUAAUAGUAAUUUUUUGAAACUAAUCUAUUUAAUGAGACCAAUUUAUAUUUAAAAAGUAUUGAGAUACAAAUAUUUGAAACAUGAAUAAAUAUUUUAUUCUUAUUGCAUUAUUUCAUUUUAUAGUAAAUAUAUAUCAAGAUUUUUUUUAGUAAAAAUUGUAUUUGUUUAACAUGCAUAGAUAAUUUUUUAUAUUAAAAUAUAUAAAAUAUGUAACAUAAAAUGCAGAUGAGACGAUUUAUUUGUAUGAGAAGUUGGAAAGAGAAGCUUUUCAUAGUCAAUUAUGUAAAUACAGAGAAUUAUUUAAAUAUAUAGUUUAAUAAAAACUAUACACAAUGUAUGAGAUGAAUGAUAAAAAUAUGGGUUUGAGAUAUAUGGUUACCAAACACAGAACAAAGAUAUAUGACUAUGCUAUCCUUGUUAGCUUUCCGAGAAAUAUCUGUUAGAAUUUUUUUAUACAGCAUAGAUAAUAUCAUUGUUUUAAAUUUGAAUAAAAAAUAUAUAAGUAGAAAAAUUAAAUGCUUUCGUUAAAUGAACAAAUUGAGUUAUGCAAUGUGCUAUGUACAAGAUAAGUAGUUGAUAUAAUUUAAGCAUGCAGCAACAGAACUGAGUAGUAAGUUCGUGUAUUGAAAUCGUGUUUGCAUUAGUGUUAUAAUUUUAGACGCUUUAACAGUUGUUACAGACUUAAUAUACAAUAUUUUAAGAGCCAGCAAAUACAGUAUUAUAUCGAGUAUAUGCUUUCGAAAGGAUACACUCUCCUUCGUCUGUGUGUAAAUCAAUGAUGUAGGAGGAAUAAGCACAAGGAAAAAAAAUAUUACGUAAAUCUUAUAUGUAUAUUUAUUAUAGGGAACUAUAACAUGACUUUACAUUGCCCAUUGAUGUAAAUAACUAUAUCUCAUUUCGAUGGUUUCCAUCCCCUGUUGAACGCUUUGGAAACACAUCGACACAUUAUAUAGCAAUCCUAAGCUCGUAUUUUUAGCAGAUAUUCUUUUUACUGUCAGUAAUAGUCUGUGAUACAAUUUUACAGAAUGCACACGGAUUAAAUUCGCGAGCAGAGAGUUUAUAAGAGGCGUGCAUUCUAAGAAAUAUUUGCAACGCUUUAGGAUAAGAAUGAAACUAGGCUGUUUUCAGAUGCGUAUCUUUAAAAAAAUUCUAAUUUUGGUUUAAUUAAAAUGCAAGCUCUUAUUAUAUUUGCUUGCUCUACCAAGUCAAUUUAAAAGAGAAUACUUAAUAUUAGAGAAACCUUAAAUUUAAAUUUUGUUCGAUGAAUGCAAUGUAAGGUCCGACGCAAGUUUAUUGUCAAACCUGUGUGAUGUGUGCUAUUGCAUCUAGCUGCAGUAUUACGAAUGACUUUCAAAAAAUAGGUGAAUUGGUAAAAGCUUAAUUUUAUGUAAAAUUGAAACACGAAGUUAAUACCCGAAAUUAAUUGAUGGAAAAAAAUUAUUCUAUUUUUUCUUUGUUAAAAAAAUUUUCCAGACUCGAGUUUUAGAUAAAAAUUAUUACAUACAUACUUAUAUGUGCAUGCGCACAUACAUGUGUGUAUGUGUGAAAAAUAAAUGAUUUCUAAAUUCACCUAUUCUUUGCAAAAACUCAUAUACCAGUCAUACGAAGUCAUAUGUCAUAAAAACUAUAGAGGCUUGACAUGCCCUUUACAUGUAUCUGCUUUUGUGUUUUCAGGAAAUUGUAAUAAGAAAAUGCGCGUAUACACACCAACCACCAAAUGUUCACAGCACUUGUAGAACAGAUAAUAAUAAAACACAUUUUUGACUUGUAAAUCGUAA